AUGCUAACUAAUGUGCUUCCCACAGGAACCGGUCUCGUCGGUAACGCCUUUUUGGAGCAGCUUCUUUCAAUCAAACAGUCUAUCUGCUACAACAUAAUUUAUGUCGCUCGGUCUCGUGCUGCAUUGAUCUCAAAGGACUAUUCUCCAUUGAACUUGGGAUCAUCUUGGAAAUCCGCUUUGGAGAAUGCUGAUGAGAAACCGUUGGAACUUAACGCCCUCGUUGGGUAUUUACAAAAGUCUCCUCAGAAGGUAAUCUUGGUUGACAAUACCUCCAGCUCGGACAUCGCCGAUUUCUACCCAAACUUUGUUGGUGCUGGAAUUUCUAUUGCGACCCCGAACAAGAAGGCCUUCUCUUCCGACUUGAAGCUCUGGAAUGGGUUGUUCUCGGAUGAAGAGGGGCAUGGAUUGGUUUAUCAUGAAGCAACUGUCGGUGCAGGCUUGCCAAUUAUCGGCACUCUACGUGAUAUGAUUAAGACCAAUGACAAGGUUGAAAAGAUUGAGGGCAUCUUCUCAGGUACUUUGUCAUAUAUCUUCAACGAAUUCUCUACUAUUGCUCCAAACUCGGUAAAGUUCUCCGAAGUUGUCAAGGUAGCGAAGUCUCUUGGCUACACUGAGCCAGACCCUAGAGACGAUUUAAACGGUAUGGAUGUUGCUAGAAAGGUUACUAUUCUGGCGCGUAUUGCUGGAUUUGAGGUUCAAUCUCCAUCCUCUUUCCCUGUUCAGUCUCUAAUUCCAGACGAGCUAACUUCAGUUAACUCAGUGGAUGAGUUUAUGUCUCGGCUACCUGAUUACGACGAACAGUUGACCUUAUUGAAGGAUGCAGCUGCCCGGGAGAACAAGGUGCUGCGUUUCGUGGGUAAAGUCGAUUUCCCAAACAACGUCGUAUCUGUUGGUAUCGAAAAAUAUGACUUCUCUCACCCAUUUGCCUCUCUAAAGGGAUCCGACAAUGUGAUAUCUAUCAAAACCAGCCGGUACUCGCAACCAUUGAUCGUCCAAGGUGCCGGUGCUGGCGCAAGUGUGACUGCUGCGGGUGUUUUAGGUGACGUGAUUAAGAUUGCAGAAAGAUUGUGA